UGUCAUUGGUGGAUGACCGCAGCUCUGGCUUCUGCCGUCGCGACCAUGGCCUCAAGCAGCAGCGGCAUCGCAGCCGCCCGCCUCCUGUCACGCUCCUUUCUCCUGCAACAGAAUGGAAUUCGGCAUUGUUCCUAUACAGCGUCUCGGAAACAUCUCUAUAUCAAUAAGAACACGAAGGUUAUUUGCCAGGGUUUCACUGGUAAACAGGGCACCUUUCAUAGCCAGCAGGCCCUGGAUUAUGGUACCCAAAUAGUUGGAGGAAUCAGUCCAGGAAAAGGAGGCAAGACACAUUUGGGCUUACCAGUGUUUAAUUCUGUGAAGGAGGCCAAAGAACAGACAGGAGCAACAGCUACUGUCAUUUAUGUCCCUCCUCCUUUUGCUGCUGCUGCCAUCAAUGAAGCCAUUGAGGCAGAAAUGCCCUUGGUGGUGUGCAUUACCGAAGGGAUCCCACAGCAGGACAUGGUACGAGUCAAGCACAAACUGCUGCGCCAGGGAAAGACAAGACUGAUUGGGCCAAACUGCCCUGGGAUCAUCAAUCCUGGAGAAUGCAAAAUUGGUAUCAUGCCUGGCCAUAUUCACAAGAAAGGUAGAAUUGGUAUCGUGUCCAGAUCUGGCACCCUGACUUACGAAGCAGUCCACCAAACAACACAAGUUGGAUUGGGGCAGACUUUGUGUGUUGGCAUUGGAGGUGAUCCUUUUAAUGGAACAGAUUUUAUUGACUGCCUUGAAAUCUUCCUGAAUGAUCCAGCCACAGAAGGCAUCAUACUGAUUGGUGAAAUUGGUGGUAAUGCAGAAGAAAAGGCGGCCGAGUUUUUGAAGCAACAUAAUUCAGGUCCCAAAGCAAAACCUGUGGUGUCCUUCAUUGCUGGUUUAACGGCUCCUCCGGGCAGGAGAAUGGGACACGCAGGGGCAAUUAUUGCUGGAGGAAAAGGUGGCGCCAAAGAGAAGAUAUCUGCCCUUCAGAGUGCGGGGGUUGUAGUCAGCAUGUCUCCUGCGCAACUGGGAACCACCAUCUACAAGGAGUUCGAAAAGAGGAAGCUGCUGUGAAAGAAAAACCUAACAUUUCCGACUCGUAUGGAUGACACAACAUAGAAUGGGAACCGGCAGCCGUCGGCAUCUGAUGUCUGCUUAUGUCAGCCUGCGCACCUGACUCGGAUUUCAGUACCAUGAGAACCAACAAGGCUUAGAAUGCCCUAUAUUGAGAAAUUUUCACCUCAUUAUAUAACAGAGACAGCCAAUAAAUCUCUCAUUUGGCUUCAACACA